GUCGGCGGCACCGAUACUUCCAGCGCGCCCAGCAUGCUGAAGGCUGAGAUGCAGACCGUGAGCGGGUGACAUGGACGAGACGUUGAGUCGGGGCCUGGCGGCCGGCCGCAGCGCACCGCCCCGGCUCUGCGUGGCUGGGCCUGCGCCGCCGCCCGACCGCUACAACGGCGUCUACUUGGCGCUACUGCUGGCCGGAGCCGGCUUCCUCCUGCCCUACAACAGCUUCAUCGUGGCGGCCGACUACUUCCAGGCGCAGUACCCAGGCUCCACUAUCGUGUUCGAUCUCUCGCUCACGUACAUCCUGGUGGCCUUCUGCUCAGUGCUGCUCAACAACGUACUGGUGGAGGCCGUUGACCUGCACAAGCGCAUCCUCUUCGGAUACGUGCUGUCAUUCGUUACGCUGCUGUUCGUCGCCGUCUUCGAGAUCUGGUGGCAGGUGUUCAGCAACACCACCUCGUACGGUGUCAACCUACUGGCCGUCUCCGUGGUCGCCGUCGGCUGCACAGCUCAGCAGUCGAGCUUCUACGGCUACACGGGCAUGCUGCCGAACCGCUACACCCAGGCCGUGAUGACGGGCGAGAGCGCCGCCGGCGUGCUGGUUUCGACCAGCCGGAUCCUGACGCGGCUGCUGCUGGACGACGUGCGUCUCAACACGCUGGUGUUCUUCUGCUGCUCGCUGCUGCUGGUGGCCGUCUGCUGCGUUCUGCACCAGCUGCUCAGACGGACGGCGUUCGUGCGUCACCACGUGGCAGCCUGCUCGGCCGACCCGCUGUCCGAGACCCAGGCCGGCGAUCAGGUCACACUGGUGGACAUCGUGGAGGAGGCGGACGGCAAGGACUACGGGCGGCUCACUCUCGCCUCCAACAGCGACGACUCGGCCUUCCAGUCGACCGAGACGCUGCCGGCCGGCGGCGCGGCCUCCUACGACACGUUCUCGGAGCGGGCUGGCGGCACGUCCUACCGCGUCAGCGAGCUGCUGGUGCACGUGCGACGCUCGGGCCGCGCCCGCCACCCCGCGCUCGACUGCUGCGCCGCGCUCAAACGCGGCACCCAGGCGCGCUCGGCGACGGUGCGCCGGGUCUGGCCGUACAUGGUGUCCAUCUGCCUGGCGUACCUGGUCACGCUCAGCCUGUUCCCUGGUAUCGAGAGCGAGGUGCACAGCUGCACGCUCGGCUCCUGGAUGCCCGUCGUCCUCAUGGCCAUCUUCAACGUCUCCGACUUCGCCGGCAAGGUGCUGGCCUCCCUGCCGUACGAGUGGUCGCGGCGCCAGCUGGUGGCGUUCUCGACGCUGCGCUUCCUGCUGAUCCCGCCGCUGGUGCUGUGUGCCGCACCGCGCGCCGAGCCGCUGCUGGCCUGGGAGGGCUGGCCCAUGCUGUUCAGCCUGCUGCUGGGUCUCACCAACGGCCUGGUGGGCAGCCUGCCCAUGAUCCUGGCGCCAGACAAGGUGCCGGACCAGAACCGGGAACUCUGCGGUAACGUGAUGACACUCAGCUACUCGCUGGGUCUGACCACCGGCUCGCUGCUGGCGUACGGCCUGGACGCGCUGCUGGGGCCGCCCGUCUACAGCACAUGUGGCGUGCUCAACAUCACCGACCUCUGCAUCGCCGGCUGCCAGACCCUGCCCGGCACCAACGGCAGCCAGCCGCUCCCCUGAAAAGCAGGCCCUGAGGGGCAGUCGACGUCUGCUGCCAACCCGAUGGCGUCCAUGAGCCCACUCUUCUGAGAAGACCUCCGAACCACAUGAAAGCAUUGUGACACUCUACUGGCGGCAAUUGCGGCUGACUCAAUCAUGAAGAGGCCAAAGACAGUCGCCAUGACGAAAGUGCACGCGAGCAGGCGCGCAUUGUCGUCCGCGCGCACUGUUAGUCUGAGUUCUCCGCGGUCUGCGGUUUUGCGCUCCCCGUGCAGAAGUCGAGUGACUAUGUGUCCACGAGUGAGGCAUAGUCUCGGGGUGAGCGCCAGCGUCCCCCGUCCCACGGUUGCCCUCCCAGAAGAUAUCAUAUCGUGAAGUGUUGGUACGGUGUUAUACUUUAGACGGCGUCUCGGAGAUGAUUCGGAUGGAAAGACCGUGCCUGAGUGGCCGAGUUUUCCUUGACGUUUAGUAUUUUUUACACAUAGCGAGCAUUAUCGUUCCCCGCAGAUGAUCGACGAAAAACAUCACAAAGUAGACAACACAAAACUGGAUACAGGCACCACCAACAAGCCAAGUAACACAAGGCAGGCUGUAUUUGCUCGCCACGAACAGGCAGUGGAGCACAUUUUUAGAACAAAUAAGCACCCCACUCUUGGGAUUGAUUAACAUCGGGCUCUUCGUCAUCCCCGAAUCAUUCCCUAACAGGACAAUAAGAAUCUACACCGACCCGACUGUUCCGGUUUUGAGCACGCGUGACUGCCGGAAAUAAUCAGUCUUGUUUUGUUGAGAGGCUUUAGUGACUCAUCCUUGUGUGGGUUGAGUCUGCACAUCAUGCGUGCUACAUCUCCAUCGGUCCAUUCAAUUCGGAUGUGUCGAACUCGCGACACUAUUUCACUAGCUCGCCACUAUUUCCAUGCAAUUACGUUUCGCGUUCACGGCUGUGUACCACGCAACGCAAAGUGCAAUUUCGGCACCAAAAACAGUACAUACCUUGGCAAAAACUGGGCCGUACGCAAGCUCUCACGAUGGGGGAGGGACGAAAACAUCGUUGAAAACCAAGUUUGGCGCACCGUCGGCGCAUGCAAUUUCGUACGUGGCGUAAAAUCACAUGACGUGUUCAACAUUAUCUUAUUUGUACGUGUCUCCGUGGCGUUCCUUACUGCUAACAUUUGCUCACGUACAUACUAAUGCGUGUCACAACUUUGGGAGGAGGUACAUGCCCCGGGAGCAGGGGUGUGAUGUCGCAUUGAAUUGGGAGGAGGGCUUAACCGUAAACAAUUAUGAAACCUUCACCUAUGAUUCGUCAAAGAAAUAAUACUGUUGUGUAUUUGGAAAGUUUCCUCUCAAACCUGCUGGUCCUGGAUCCCCAGUUGGGGGGGGGGGGGGGGCUGAAGUCCCCC